AUGUCGCCCUCGUUCGUCGUCGCUAGGGUUUUCGUAUGUCUCGUCGCGUUUGUUGCAGCGCUCGGCAAGGCGAGCGCGCUACCGGACCACCACUGGCACUGGCCUCCCGAUCCGGCGGGGCGAGUCGUCGCCAUCGACCUGGGCAACACUAACUCCUGCGUCGCCGGCUACGACAGCGGCGACACGACCCGGACCAUGUUCCACCACUGCAUCCCCUCCUGGGUCGCCUUCCCCGACGACGACGACGGCGCCGUCCUCGUCGGCGAGGACGCCAUGAACCACGCCGCCGUCGUCAACCCCGGUGCCGCUGUCUCCGGCUUCAAGCGCCUGCUCGGCAAAAGGUUCACUCGCGUUUUCGAGCGGGAAUUCGCUCAGAGCGUCAAAGAGAAUCUGCCAUACAAGGUGUUCGAGGAGAACGCACAGGUUCAGGUCGAGGUGAAGACGACCAAGGAGGACGGCGGAGUCAGGAACGUCGGCGUCGAGCAGCUCACGGCCGCGGUGCUGGCAAAGCUCAAGGAGACGGCGGAGGCGCACCUCGGCCACCGCGUCGAGGCCGCCGUCCUCACCCUCCCGCUGGCGUUCUCCGACUACGCGUCCAGGUCGGCGGCGGUGUUCGCCGGCAGGCUUGCCGGCCUCAAGGCCGUGAGCGCGGUGCUCAGCGAGCCUGUGGCGGCCGCCAUGGCCUACGGCCUCAGCAAGAGCCUGCGCGACGAGGGCAACGUCGUCGUGCUGCACGUCGGCGGCGGCACGACCGAGGCGAGCGUCAUGACGUUCGUGGACGGCGUGUAUGAAGCCCUGAGCUCGCAGUAUGACCCGUUCUUUGGAGGGCAGGACUUGGACAGGAGGAUCGUGGACCACUUCGUCCGACAGAUCAGGGACAAGCAUGGAAGGGACAUUGCUGACGACAGCGCUGCUCUCGAGAAGCUGAGGACGGCGUGUGAGCGUGCCAAGAAGACGUUGAGCCACCAGGAUCAUGCGCAAGUGACCGUCGAAUCGCUCGUCGACGGCGUGGAUUUGUCGGAGCCGCUGACGCGUGCUGAGUUUGAGGAACUGAACCAUGAUCUGUUCCUCAAAGUUGUUGAGAUGGUGGAUAGGGUGGUGUCACAGGCUCAAGUGGACACCAUUGAUGAGGUGCUUCUUGUUGGCGGAAGCACCAUGAUCCCAAAGGUUCAGGAACUCAUCAGGGACUACUUUGGUGGGACGACCAAGACCGUGCUCCAUACAAGGCUAAAGCCAGAUGAAGUGGUCACCAUUGGAGCCGCGGAGUACAGCAAACGACCAGACGCCUUGUGUAGCAGCAGCUGCUGA